AUGUUUAAAGCAGCAAUCAUACUUUCUCAGACAUAUAACAUAACAAUCGGAGAACAAUUUAUUGGAUGGCAAACCGUACAAACUGAUGCCAAUGCAAUCAGUGCUCUUCGCAGUACAUGUUUGGCAAUAUCUUCUUCGAAUAUCGUAGGCAUUGUGGGUCCUGUAUCAUCGAGAGAAGCGAACUUUAUUGCUGAUUUUGCAGAAACAGUUAGUAUUCCUGUAAUAUCCUAUGCUGCAACUAAUCCUGAUUUAUCUGAUCGAAAUACAUAUCGUGUAUUUUAUCGCACAGUUCCUUCGGAUAAUGUAGCUGCAGUAGCAAUUGCACAACUAUUCACACGAUUUAAUUGGACAUCAUGUAUAAUUGUUUAUCAAAAUGAUGACUAUGGUAUUGGUGGUACAAAAGUACUAAGUGAGGCAUUUAGUAAGAAU